AUGAUUGUGAACGGUGAAGGGUGCGGGGAAAGCAAUCUGUUCGAGCAUCGCCCCAAAGAGCUCGAACGCACCAAGAAGUCUUUCGAGCGACGAUACAUCCUUGAAGCGAGUCAAACUGAUGAUCCCAAUGUCACCAAGAGGAGUGAAACGCUUCUAGAAGAGGUCAAGAACCUGGAACCAAAGCUCAACGAAGAGGACAACGAAUGGUUAUCAGAGGCUAUCGAGCGAUGCACGGAACAAGCCCACGAUGACAAUGCAAUCUCUCAAAUGAAGUUAUUGAGGCUGGAGAAGAGUCUGCGCGAUAAACUGAGCAGAUUUCGCAACCGCAUGGAGGUAUCUUGCCUACAUGCACAGCUCAUCAAGGAAGCUACAAACGCGGCUAAGGUCGGAACAGCGAUUACAGAGCUUGAAGCUGUAGCACUAGACGAUGACGACUUCGAAACAGUCGACAACGAACGUAAAGAGGCUCUCGAAAGGUUUCAGGAAGCUUGCUCUCAUCUAACAAAUGUAGACAGCCACUCAAUCGAAACCUAUCUCUUGAGCUUGUUCACGUCCGGAGAGGAACAUCUAAAAUCCAUCCGAGACGGGAUGCAAGAAUACGGAGAUGAUCUGGUCGCCGGUGAAAUGGAGAACUACAUAAACGCGGAGGCGGGCUCGCCAGUCGAUGUACGUAAAGCGAACAGCGGCCAGUAUUACGUUCACGUUGAGGUAGGCAUUAUCGACAUGUUGUUCCUGCAUUGUUGUGCAAUUGGGUGGGCCAUGAACUUGAACGAUUGCCUCAAGAGUUUCGUUUAUAGGUCCGAUCUGUUCCGCUGCGCUCCACUGACAGAGUCGGAUCUCGACAAACGUGCGUUCUUCUUCGACACACCUCGUCCUGCAACCAUGAGUACUGCAUGCGGCACUUUUCCGUCGCCUCCACCGCCACCCUUACCAUGCAAUUUUCAAUCGAUGCCCCCUCCCCCUCUACCUCUGCUCGGAUCGAAGAAGUACGGUCGGAGCAAGAAGAAGAACCAGAGCAUGUAUGCGAGAAGCCUUAUUCCGCCGCCACCACCGCUAAGCGCGCUCCUGAACUUGGAAAACCUACGGGAAGACGAUUAUAAAAGGUGCUUCUUCAUGUCGCGUCUCCCCGAGGAAGACGGCGAAGUACCCCAGAUUAUCUCGUCUGAAGAGGUGCAGGCAAGACUGAUCACGACGCUCGCUGUGGAAUACAAGCUUAGAAACGCUUUCGAUGGCAAAGCGUACGCUAUGACUUUAGAGUUCGACUCACUUGGGUCCACAGUUCCCCAUUCAACCGUCGUCACGGUUUUGGAGUUCCUCGGUGUUCCGGAAGACUUCCUCUCAUUCUUCUCUCGCGCUCUUGAGCCCACGCUGAGCAUCAAAGCUUCAGCGAACGAAUCCAAUACGCUCCUAAUACCUAAGAGCGGAGUUCCAGUUGGUUACGGGCUAGAAGUGUUGUUCAGCGAAGCUGUAUUGUUUUUCCUCGAUCGUGCUACGCGCAAAGCGACAGAAUCGUACAUGUACCGUCUGUAUGACCGCUGCUACUUUGUCGGUACCGAACUACAGACUAAGGGCUUCGAGAAAGAAGCUGCCCGUUUCUCCGAUACUAUGGGGUUGAAGCUGCGCCAUACCCUGCCCACUGGCGGGCUAUCCAUCGGACUCUUGACCAUGGGUUCGUCGGGGCCGUUCUCCUACGAUAGAACCGAAGAACUACGCGUUGAUGAUGUUAAAGUCGCCUUGUACGCAACUCACGUAGGAGCUAGGCUCAAAGCAUGCUCAAGUGUACUCGGUUGGGUUCGCGAAUGGAACGAUACUGUCGGUAUCUAUGUGGUACAUCUCUUCGGGCCUCUUGCUAACGUGUUUGACGAAACACAUCGCGAAGCAGUCAAGGCCGCGUACAAGCGUAUCCGUUCCAUUGUACUUGGAGGUGACGAUCUGACCACAUACGUUACGAAGAUGCUCACCCCACAUCUGACGUGUGGUCUAGAGCGUAUCUCUCUCGACCUCGAGCCCAUCAUCUAUCUACCGCAAGCCUACGGCGGCCUCGGUAUAAAGACUCCGUUCGUUACCCUAUCGUUCGCCUCUCAGAUCCGCGAAUCAGCAUCGAAAAAGAUCGAACAGUAUCUCAACGAAGAAGCAACCUACUACACCUCUGCGGCAGACCGCUACAAUAAUCCAUCGGGAUAUCCGCGCCAGCAAAGACUCGAAACGAUAUUCAACAACGACGUAGCCAGGAUGCUCUCAGCACUCGGUUCAGAAGUUAACUUUGGCCUCGAUCCCGCAACCCUUCACUUCAUGACCAAAGCAGAUAUGACACAACAUCGCGAACGCGCAGUAUACCCCGUCGUUGCUUAUGAGCUCUGGAACCAGAAAACGACUAUAGCGCCACCCGAUCUUGUCAGCCUCUAUCGUGAUCUACUGGACGAACCAAUCGACCGUCCUGAGGAAAGGCAAAAGACCAAGCGAUAUGUGCAACGUCUUUUCCAACCAAAGCAUCUGAGGUCAUGUUUCAGAUUGAAUCAGGAGGAGAAAUGGAUGUUGGAGCUCUACAGCGAUGAGUGUUUCGAACGGUACGGCGGCCUCGAAAUCUGGUGGUCCGAGGGUAUGCCCGUAGAAGUAUUUUGGAGUUGA